GGUUGUUAUCCUAUAACAACAUGGAACAUCAGCAGAUUCUGUGGACCAACAUUGGGGAGAUAUCCCACAGACUGCCUGUCAUCGGACCAAUACUCGAUCAUCUGAUCAGCCAAGGCGCCAUCACAGCUGAUGAGUACCAGCAGGUCCGCUAUGUCUCCCAGGUUCCCAGUCAGAAGGCCAGGAAACUUGUGGAGAUCCUAGCGAGCAAAGGGCGACGUGAGUUCGACGUCUUCGCGGAGUCCUUAAAGACGACCAACCCCGACCUUCUCAAGACUAUCAUGGCAGCUCCUGUUCAAGCAGACGUCACCACACGUACUUCCACAGAAGCAGCUUCACAAAGGUAUCAUUUCGUCUUUGACACUAUAAUGUCCCUUCCACAGACAGCGACAGUAGCAGCUCCCCCAGGCGCCUCAUGUCAACCACUGCAAGCCAUCGGCGCAGGCCCAGCCGCUGGAACCGAACCCGACAUCGUCGAGCUACGAGAGGUCCAGAAGCUCGCUACCAGGCUUCUCGGGAUCCAGUUCAUGGAGGCAGAAAAUGAAGCCGAAGAGGCCGCGAGGCUAGGCAGGGUACGAUACUACGAGAGGCAACUGAAAGUGGACCGCUUCGAGAACUUUGCCAAUAACACAGACUAUAGCAUUAAGUAUGCAAAUCUUGAUGUUAUCAUGGAAAGAGGGAGGUCUGUUUGCAAGAUAGAAUGGCCGGGUGGAAACGCCACUGGGUUUCUGAUAGGAAGAAGGUACGUUCUGACCAACAACCAUGUUUUCGAGCUGAUGGACGCUGCAACAAAAAGAAACAUUUCUGCAAACAAAAAGUCCGAGAACUACAGAGUUACUUUCUUCCUAUCAGACACCCAGACAAACAUGGUUUUUAAUAUCGUCCCCAGAAAGCCUAUCUCCUCGGAUAAGGCGUUAGAUUACGCUAUACUUGAGAUAGACACGGGGAAAUAUGGUGCUAAUGAUCUAGAGCACCUCCGCCCGCUAGGUGAAUUUAUCUCGGAAGAUCUCGCGAGAGGUAGCGUGAUCGUUCUGAUUGGUCACCCAUGUGGCCUUGAGAAGAAGGUUGAAUUCUGUGCCGUUGAGGGGGUAGACAACAGCAGCACGAUUUGUGUGAAUUUUGGUAACCCCUUUGUGCAGCCUCAGACGAUGACGUACCACGUCUCGACGUUUUUUCACGGUUCGUCGGGUUCUCCCGGGUUUGACAAGGACGGUUAUCUCGUGUUGAUGCACUGCCGGGGAUUCUAUCCCUACCAGAGCGCGCAGAGUGCCAUCGAGCAAGGCGUCCUGCUCUCCAGCGUCAAGGCGCACGCAAAACUAGUCCUUCCUACAGACAAAUUCCUGGAAAUUUUUCCAGAGAUGGAACCAGGUUUCUCUUUUAAAUGAUUGAUGAGGAACAACC